AUGGAUGAACUAGAUGAGCAGUUUAGCGGGUCGAAUGAAGCGUCAUACGCGAAGGUUAGUGAUAAAAGGGAUGUGAGUAGUGCAGGGAGUCAGAGUGGGUGUACUAGCGGGAGUAGGGGCCGUAAUCAGCGGUCAUCCUUUAACGAUUUUGUGCGAAAGUUGUUUUUAAUAUUGGAGUCAGAGGAAUAUAGGAACAUUAUAUCGUGGUCUGAAGAUGGGAAGAACUUUAUAGUGAUGGACACGAACAAGUUCACGACCGACAUUUUGCCCAAGCAUUUUAAGCACUCUAAUUUUGCGAGUUUUGUGAGGCAGUUGAACAAAUACGAUUUCCACAAGGUGAAGAGGAAGAAGAACGAGGUGUCUGAGGGAACGCAGAACGCGUGGGAGUUUAACCACCAGCACUUCAGGAGGCACGAUGAGGCCGGGUUGGAUAAUAUUCGGCGGAAACCUUCGUCGCAGAAGAAGAUUUUGCUCGACGAAAACUCUGUGAUUUUGAGGAAACUGGGCAACGGGAACCCAGAGGAAGGUUUUGCUGCUGGGGCCGGUCUUGGUGGUCUUGGUGGCGGCGACGAAGAUAGCUUGGCCGCCAAGGCGCUAUUGAAAAACACUGUAAAUAAAGCAAAGUUCAAUCAAAUGAAGCGGAAAGUCGAGGAGAUGGAGAGCCAGAUUCAGUACUUGACGAACGAAAAUCACAACGUCAAACUGGACCUUCAGAAGAUCCAAUCAAGGUAUAACAUGGUUCUAGAGACACUAUUGUCUACAGAAAGCUUUAAUACCGAACUAAUCAAUAAUUUCCACCUUCUAAUUGAUAGUUUGUCCCAGCAGGGAAUAAAGCUUCCGGUAGGAUUGACACUGAAAAAGAACGAUUCGUCUCUUCUUGCGAAACAGAAACAAGAGGGCGGAUCAUCAGGAUCUCCACCUAACCUAAAUAUGAUAGGUUUACCGGUAUCGAAUCCAGUUAUAAAACAAGAUCCUGUAAAUAUUCUUCCGAUAGACCAACAACAACAACAUCAGCAGCAGCAGCAACAGCAACAGCAAUCCGUACUACCUCGCGGUUUCCAUGUCUUACUUGUUGAAGAUGAUUCUGUCUGCAUACAGCUCUGCUCCAAAUUCUUAAGAAAAUAUGGCUGCUCAGUGGAAGUCGUGACAGAUGGGUUAUCCGCUAUAUCUACGCUGGAAAAACAGCGUUUCGAUUUGGUAUUAAUGGACAUUGUCAUGCCAAACUUGGACGGUGCCACCGCUACUUCCAUCGUCCGUAGUUUCGAUAACGAAACGCCUAUAAUAGCCAUGACAGGUAACAUCGAUGAUCAGGACUUGGUCACAUAUUUACAGCAUGGUAUGAACGAUAUUCUAGCCAAACCAUUUACCAAAGACGAUUUGCAUUCUAUGCUAAUACGAUACCUAAAAGACCGUAUCCCACUAUCGAAACAAGGACAAAACUCCAAUAAUGACCCAAAAUCUUUCGUCGAAAAUUCAUGUUGA